AACUAUGUAGGAAUAAUUAGAAUUAAAGACUUAAAGCUAGAAAAAUAACAUUUUCAUUAAAAUUAUUGAUCAUAGGUUUAGAGGAUACCAUUGUGAGUUGUGAGCCAUUUUUUUCUUUUUAAUGGAGGUUCACUUUAACCUUGAGAGAGAUUAAAACAAAAAACAUUAACUAAACUGUUCAUUAACUGAUAAAGGGUGCCACAUUCGGAGGCACACACUUAUAAAAUCUAACCUUUCUCCGUUCAAAAUUCAUUUCUACAACCCCCCUCCUUCAAUUCAAUUCCCUCUCUCUAUUCAACCCCUCCCUCAAUUCAACCCCCUCCCUCAAUUUAAUCCAUGUUCUCAAUGGAGCACCUCAAAUUUAAUAAAUGAAAAUCAAAUCUUAAGUCACUUAUGCAAACUCUAAUAGAUUAAUUGACUAUGGCUCCUCCGACAACAUGAUAAAAUUUAUAAAACUGAAUUACCUAACUAAAAUCAACACUCAAUAAUUUUCCAGGUAACCCUGGGAAUUACUACGCUCCUCUCUAUGACUGUAUUUCUUAUGGUUAUCGGAGAAAGUAUGCCUCCGACCUCUGAUAAGUUACCACUCAUAGGACUUUACUACGGUGUUACCAUAUCCCUUGUUUCCUUUGCAACUGGACUAUCUGUCGUCACACUUAAUCUACACCAUCGAGGACUUAGGGGAAGAAGAGUUCCGCGAGUGUUGCGGUACAUCGUCUUCAAUAUCUUGGCCAGAUUUCUUCUUAUUCAGCUUGAUGAUGACACAUCAACUGGAAAGCAGCAAGGUUCAAGUCUAGAGAAGGAAAACUCACUCCGGUCUGAAGAAGAACUCAUUUUCAAAGCUCUCUCUGAAGCCUGCUCUGUGGAAAGUGGUUCGGAGAAGAUACCAGGGGUUCUGAUCUUACUGAUGAAUCGUAUUCACGCAAGCCUAGUUAACCAUGAGACUCGGAGAAAACAGGACGAAAUGAAGGAUAGAAUCAGAAUAGAAUGGCAACACUGUGCUUUAGUAAUUGACAGGUUUCUGCUUCUUGUCUUUACUGUAGGAACUAUCUUUGCAACAUUCGGUAUUCUAUACAUGUCCCCACACACUAAACUUUUCUCAUUCUAAUCCUUUAUAAUCCUUCAUUCUUUAUAAUCCUACAUCCUUUAUAAUCCCAUACAUGUCCCACACACUAAACUUUUCUCAUUCUAAUCCUUUAUAAUCCUACAUCCUUUAUAAUCCCAUACAUGUCCCCACACACUAAACUUUUCACAUUCUAAUCCUUUAUAAUCCUUCAUUCUUUAUAAUCCUUUAUCCUUUAUAAUCCUUCAUCCCUUAUAAUCCUUCAUUCUUUAUAAUCCCCAGUAUAAUUAACUUUCAUCCUAUUCAAUAUAUUCAUAUAUAUAUAUAUAUAUUC